AUGACAGUCACUGAAGAUAAGGUCAACUUUGUAGUGUGCCAACUGUUUGCCUUGCUUGCCGCUGUUUGGUUUCGAACUUACCUUCAUUCAAGCAAAGCUAGUCCAUUUAUAAGGCAUGUUGUUGCCACCCUUUUGGGCCUUUAUCUUGCACUAUUUUGUUUCGGAUGGUAUGCCUUACAUUUUGUUAUACAAAGUGGAAUUUCCUACUAUAUCAUGAUCAUUAUAGGAGUGGAAAAUAUGCACAAAUAUUGUUUUGUUUUUGCCUUGGGAUACCUCACUGUGUGCCAAAUUUCUAGAGUCUAUAUCUUUGACUAUGGACAGUACUCUGCUGAUUUUUCUGGCCCAAUGAUGAUAAUUACACAGAAGAUUACAAGCUUGGCUUAUGAAAUUCAUGAUGGAAUGUUUCGAAAGGAUGAAGAACUGACUGCAUCUCAGCAGUGCUUGGCUGUGAGACGCAUGCCAAGUCUACUGGAGUAUUUAAGUUACAACUGUAAUUUCAUGGGUAUCCUGGCAGGCCCAUUAUGCUCUUAUAAAGACUAUAUUACUUUCAUUGAAGGCAGAUCAUACCAACCGACACAGUCUGAAGCAAAUGGGAAAGAAGAGAUAAAAUAUGAACAAACAGAUCCUUCUCCAAAUACAGCUGUGGCGCAGAAACUCGUAGUGUGCGGACUAUCCUUAUUAUUUCAUAUGACUGUUAGCAAAACUUUGCCUGUAGAGUACAACAUUGAUGAUCAUUUCAGAGCCACAGCAUCACUGCCUACAAGGAUUAUCUACUUGUACCUGUCUCUUAUGGCUGCCAGACCCAAAUACUAUUUUGCAUGGACUUUAGCUGAUGCAAUCAAUAAUGCAGCAGGGUUUGGUUUUAGAGGCUAUGAUAAAAAUGGAGUCUCACAUUGGGAUUUGAUUUCAAAUCUGAGAAUUCUGCAUAUAGAGUUUUCAACAAGUUUCAAGAUGUUUCUUGACAACUGGAAUAUCCAGACGGCUCUUUGGCUCAAAAGAGUAUGCUAUGAGCGAGCCUCCUUCAGUCCAACAAUACAGACUUUUAUCUUGUCGGCAAUUUGGCACGGGGUAUAUCCAGGAUAUUAUUUAACGUUCUUAACGGGGGUGCUAAUGACACUUGCAGCACGAACAGUAAGAAAAAACGUGAGGCACUACUUCAUUGUUUCUCCAGCCACUAAAUUAUGUUACGAUACCAUGACAUGGAUGACAACUCAAGUAGCAAUAAGUUAUACUGUUGUACCAUUUGUACUUCUCUCUGUAAAACCAUCUAUCAAGUUUUACAGCUCCUGGUAUUUCUGCCUCCACAUCAUCUGCAUCUUAGUGUUCUUGAUAUUCACAACGAAAAGAACUAAGAAAGGAAGUAAAGAGCAAGAAGGCAUCCAGUCCUCUUGGUCCAAAAAGCAAGAAGAAGAAAGCAUUAGAGGACAUAACUUUUCCACAACAAAUAAUUUCAAUCAAAAACGAGAAACUACAUGCAGAAAUACGACGACGAAACAAUGAUUAGGAGAUACUAUGUUGGAUAUAUUUUAUAUUUUCAGAACCCAUUUAUAGUACCUUUUAAAGGGGUUUGUAUUUGUCUGAAAAGAUGAUUAGUUUAAAAAAAAUGCUAUAUCCCUAGGGAAUAUUGAAUACACUAGUAAGAAUGGAAACAAAGCAAAUUAACCUCUCCCAUGCCAUGUUCUUGUGGAUCACGCCUUAUAGAAAAAAUUACCAUUAUUUCAAUGGGCACUCAGGACUUCCAGCAUAUGUCCAUCGGUUCUU